AUGCUAGAAACAACGAAACCGCUGAAUGUCUAUUGUAAUAGCGAAAGUGGCUAUGAUUCUCCCCAUGCAAGUGUUGAAUCAUCCAGAAGAAAUUCGAUCGGAUUCAAAGAAUAUGUAAAGAGUCGACGUUUCAGUAUGAUGAGUAAACCGAAUCGGGUAACGGUACCUAUACCGUCCACAUGCGAUGCCUCCAGGAAAACGAGUAGUUCAGAUUCGAACUUUUGUGAUAUGCCAGAUGAUCUAGAUGAUGACCUUUCACCGAGGCCUCUUUACCAACGACGGAUGAGUGUACCAGAAAAAGACUACGCCAUUCUGCGACCGUCAGCCGAAGCCGAUGUGAAGUUCGAAAUUGUUGCUGCGUUCGAUCGUUAUACUGAUCCUUAUCGUCAUUAUAUGCAAUCUCUAACCUGCUACGACCUCCAGCCCACUCAUGGUGCCGUCGUUGUUAUCGACGGAGACCUAAAGAUCCACAAAGCUUUAACGGCUUUAAGCCAGUGUGGUCAUCAAGUUGCUGUCGUAUCCAACUUGGAUGUCAAAGGAGGUCUCGGAAUCCUGACGGUGACUGAUUGCCUCAAAGCCAUUGUUCUUGCUUCAGAAGGUGUACAAAAAGUGGCUGAACAAACGGUUGCUCAGUUUUUAAAAUCAAACAAUCGGAAACAGCUGGUGACGGCCGACGUGAAUACGAGAAAAUACUUAUUUUUUAGCGUUUGGGAUGCCGCAAAGCUGAUCUGCUUAAAUCGAAUCCAUCGAAUUCCAAUUGUGCAUUUCGACGAUUGCACUAAUCCUGCCGAAAUCAGGAAACAACAAGGCAGCCUACUCUACGUACUCAGCCUUAGAACCGUCUUCAUGGAGACCAUCGUGAAACUGGUGAGCAUAAAGUGCGUUUGCGUGACAUUGCAAGUUACGGACAAAUGA